AUGUUGUUUUGGUUUCAAAACAACUCUACCAACCUGUACAGCUAUACUCCUCCUUACCUGGAGAGAGAGAGUGUGUCAUUAAUUUGGGUACUUCUAUGCAGGUUAUCUAGAGUUGUAAACAUGGCAUGCAAUUCACUGUCUAUUAGCAGCUCCCCAAUGACAACACCCACCAAAGAAGUAUUGCAAGAACAUGACAGGCUUCGCCGGUCAUUUUCCGGCAAAGAUAUCGGUGAGCAAGCCAGGAUCCGGAGGUCACAUUCCGACAACCACCUCUGCUAUUCUAUCAAUCCUAUUCAUGCCUCAACAACGGAACCGAAACUCAAAACCAGCCGUUCCAUGGGGAUCUUCAAUUUCCAGUUUUCGGGUUCUAUUAUCCCCAACUCUCUUCGAUCAUUUUUAUUUGAUCCUGAUACACGUGAAGAAAUGAACAUUGUGGAAAAAGCAGUGGAGAGCGACGAAGAAGCGAUGGAGAUGGAGAAGAAGAGAGCAAACUGGAUUGAAAGACUCAUGCAAAUUCGAAGUCAUUGGAGACAAAGACAACAGGAAGAUAACAUUGAUGCUCAUGGAGAAGGCAACGAGGAGUGUGAUGGAGAUGUAGACGGUUGUGAAGUGGACUACAGUGAUGAUGAAGAGGAAGGCAAGAUGAGCCUUGAUCGUGAAACAUUCUCAAGGUUGUUGAGUCGUGUCUCUUGGUCUGAUACUAAGCUUUUCUCUCAAUUAGCAUUCCUCUGCAACAUGGCUUAUGUCAUCCCAGAGAUCGAGGUAUGUUUUGAUUGCUGCAUCAUACCUUGUUCAAGGGUUGCAUGGAUUUUUUUUUCCGAAGCUCAACCUAAGAAAUAA